AGAGAGAAGGGAGCUUGUGGGCGGAUCGCCUCCCGGGACAAACCGCCGAACAGUGUGAAAGUAACUGCGGGAGAAAAGGGGGACGGAGACUGUGGCGGAUCAGGACACGUUUUGCUUGAUUUUUUUUCUUCGUAGAUAAGCAGAAGAUAAGGACACCUUUCUCGUUUUAAAGCUUGCAUCUCCAACCUGCCAUCCACCGGGCAUCCAGUCCGGGAGAGAUGCGGAGAGAGGAGGAGGAGGAGAGGUCAAAACAAAGUCACUUCUGUUCCUAAAGACGGGGAAGAAGAAACCGGGAUCAAGCUGUGAUUUGAUCUUUCUCUCUCUUUUUUUUAUUCUCACAUUGUUAUAAUAUUGUUUUUUUUUUUAUUUUUUUCUGAUUGUGGACGAUCUUGGGACGCAUAAACCAUCGCGGGAUUAUUUAUAUUCUUAUUAGUCCUAAUCUGGGAGAAGCCUAAUAUCAGAUGCAAGGAUCUAUGUGUUCAGGAGUGAAAUGUGGUGCUUCACGAUGACGGGCAGCUGCUGAGCAUCCACGGGAAAAUACGACCACCUGAGCAAAAAUAACUAAGUGUUUUAUUUAUUUAUUCUACUAACUAUAGUUCCGUUCCUCACACACUGGAUCUGAGAGAGGAUCAGCUCUGGGGCGGCUGAGUGUUUCCCCGAUUAACGGAGUGUUCACAGAAAUGAGCGCGCACAGAGGAGGAGGAGGAGGUGGUGGCGGCGACACGCCGGUUUAACGGCGUCUCUAUUCCUGCGCCCCCCUCAACACACCCUCUAGAGGAUCACCAGCUGACAAUCAGUGGACUGCUGCAGGUUAGAAGGAAAAAGUGGGGGGCGCGCCUUUGUGGUGCAAACUCAACGGGAACUCAACUGAAACGCCUUGUUUCACCASCCCACCAUCAGCAUCCUAGAGGAGCCCGCGGCGCGACCAUCCUGGCGCGGCACGAACCCAGAAGGGUGGAAGAGGGGAUUUAAAAUAAAGUGGAUAUGAUUUUUUUUCUCUUUUUUUUUCUAUUUUUGGCUUGAAUAAAUAUAUUUUAAAAAAGACCAGAAUGAGGAUUAUUGAGCAGCCCCGUUGCUGAAACGAGAUCACCUGUUUCAAGUGAGGAGAUAUUACCUAACAGGAGGAGAGAGAGGAGGGUAGAGAAGACGCGCAGGGCUUUGGAUCCAUCUUCCUUGGCUGCCACUUUUUUUUCAACUCAUCUGCCUGAGCCUGCAGUUCAUCUUCAUGUUGAGUCUUAAUCACACRCAGCACAUCAGAUAGAGUUGCCCCGUUCCCCGUGGAGGAUAAUGGAACGGCUGUGGUUCUUUUUGCUGUUGCUGGCAGCGGCUUGCAGGGGACAGCCAUGUCCAAAACGUUGCAUGUGCCAGAGCCUUUCUCCAUCGCUCGCUAUCCUCUGCUCCAAGACAGGCCUGCUCUUUGUUCCUGCUGCCAUCGAUCGGCGCACUGUGGAGCUAAGGCUUCAGGAGAACUUCAUUACAGCUGUCCGAAAAAAAGACUUUGCCAACAUGACCGGCUUGUUACAUCUGACGCUAUCAAGAAACACCAUCAGUCAGAUUCUUCCAUCAGCUUUCAGUGAUCUGCGGCGACUGCGGGCUCUUCAUUUAGACUCUAAUAGAUUAACUGUGAUCAAGGAUGACCACUUCAAAGGUCUGACUAACCUCCGCCAUCUGAUCUUGGCCAAUAACCAGCUUCACUCCAUAUCCCCUCAUGCCUUUGAUGACUUCGUAUCUACUUUAGAAGAUCUAGAUCUCAGUUACAACAACCUUGCCCAUGUCCCCUGGGACACAAUUGGCCGUCUAACCAAUGUCAAUACCUUGAAUAUGGAUCACAACCUCAUAGAAAAUGUUCCCCAAGGAGUAUUCACAAAUCUGCACAAACUGGCGAGGCUGGACAUGACAUCAAAUAAACUAAAGAAAAUUCCACCAGACCCACUGUUUCUUAGGAUCCCAGUAUACGCCAAGUCUAAAGGCUCCCCGCUCUCCUCUCUUGUGUUGAGUUUUGGUGGUAAUCCUCUCCACUGUAACUGUGAACUUCUGUGGUUAAGAAGAUUAACCAGAGAAGAUGACCUCGAGACAUGUGCCUCUCCCCCUGAUCUCAGUGCCAAGUACUUUUGGACGAUACCUGAAGAGGAGUUUAUUUGUGACCCACCCGUACUGACCCGAAAGUCACCUCAUACUGUUGCUAUGGAAGGCCAGCCUGCCAGUUUAAAAUGCAAAGCCAAUGGUGACCCUGAGCCUGAAGUCCACUGGAUUAGCCCUGAAGGACGACUUAUAUCUAACACCUCCAGAACCUUAGUUUUCCCCAAUGGGAGCCUGGAGAUCAACAUCACAUCUGUGAAGGAUUCAGGAAACUUCACCUGCAUCGCCUCCAAUGCAGCGGGCGAAUCCACAGGAAGGGUGGAGUUACUUGUAACAGCAGUGCCUCAUCUUGCGAACAGCACAAGCCGCAGCCGGGAUCCUUCUUCUGAGCCCGCUCCCUCUGACAUUCUAACCUCCUCCAAGGUCGCACUGCCUAACAACGAGACGAGGGGGGCAGACAGGAGGGUCUCAUUGGUGGAACUCACUGGGAACUCGGCCCUCAUUAGAUGGAACAGUCAGACGCCUACAACUGGAGUCAGAAUGUUCCAAGUCCAGUACAACAGCUCUGGGGAUGACACGCUGGUUUACAGGAUGAUUCCAUCCAGCAGCAACGACUUCCUGGUUCGAGACCUUGCGGCCGGGCGCAGCUAUGAUCUUUGUGUCCUGGCUGUUUUUGACGACGUCAUCACAUCSCUAACUGCCACGCGUCCUUUAGGCUGUCUGUCCUUCACCACCGACACAGAGUUCAGCCAAUGUCAAGCUCUUCACAGCCACUUCUUGGGCGGAACUAUGAUCAUCAUCAUCGGAGGGAUUAUCGUCGCGUCCGUGCUCGUUUUCAUCAUCAUUUUAAUGAUUCGGUACAAGGUGUACAGCCACCAAGGCACAGGCCACGGAAAAGCCACCAUUGCUGCGGCAGUGCCAAGACCACAGAGCAAUGGACAAGGAGGCAGUCAGGUACAAGUCCUGCCUCAUUCAGCUUCAAAGAUGACAGAUAAUCAGGACGAACAGGCGCUUUUGCCAUCCAGGGCCAUGUCGCCCAGCAACCCCGUAAAAGACACAGUGGCACUGGUCGAAGAGGAAAGUAGUGGACAGUUCGCCAUGGCAAAGACUGACUCCUUGUCUAAUGAGGAGCUGCUCUCACCAACCAAGGCCCGCUUCUCUUCCAGGGUUGCCAUUGAGAUGAAAAUCAGGCCGCCGUCUGUCGCCAAAGAGCCCUCAUCUCCCAAGGAACUGGCAGCAGCAGMUGACAGGCGGCCUCGUGCUGUCGAAUGGAGGAACUUUAAGAUCUGAGGGUCUUUUGGCCUCACAAAGAUAUCCUGCCAACACUACACUUAAAGAACCCUUGAUGCUGUUCUGCCAGAUGUGGAAAAUAAUCACCACCACCAGAGGGAUGAAGCAGGUGAAAACUYAAGAUAAAAAAGAAGAAAAAACAAGGCCCUCUCGCUCAUCUCCCUGCAUCUCCUGUUUCCUGCACCCAUUACUUUGUUUCUAUGGAUAUUAUGGUGUUAUGAACCUAAGAAAUCCGUUUUUCUUUCAAGUGCUUAUCCUGGUUCACACCUYUGGACCGGAUUGGAUGGGCCAAUCAAGACCUGGUGACAGUUGGGCCAUUUUUGUCAUGCAAUGGAAGGGCAUUUUCACUUUCAAACAUCAAAAUAAAUGGGAAAUGGAAAUGUUAGAAGGAAGUCAUUUGCAACAUUGAAAAUGGAAGAAAAAUUUGCUUCACUUUGUCUGGGGAAGCAUCAAGAUACAGAGACACUAAGUGGAUGGUAAAAACGGAGCCAAAAUGACAGAAAAUGAAUGGCUGAGCAUCAAAGGGAUUUUGGAUCUAUAGAAUAUUAAACUCCAGCAGCAAGCAGAAUGGACAUUAUGACUGACUUGACAGAAAAGUCAGAGGAAAACACUCUUUAAGUGGGUUUGGGGUUUGAUAUAACUCUGACAUGGUGUGAUUUGCACUUUAUUAAUUAAAGCUAAAUCACACAACACUGUCAAACGCUGAUGAACUGACCCGUUCUUUGAGAUGGGUCUAGACCACACCUGGACCUUAUUUUCUCUUAGUUAGAAUCAGAUCUUAAAAGUAUGCACAAAACCUGAACUUGAAUGAGUUUUUGCAGACAGAAAAGACUAAACACGGACUCAGAGGAGCAAAAACUGGAGUUUUUACACUGAUGUGCUGCAGGCUAAACUGUAGAAGACUGCUCAGCCCUGUUUUCAGUUCAAUACUCUUCGUGCUUUCGGCUAUAGUUGGGAUUGACAACCUUGUGGAGGUUCACUGGCAUCUCUAACUGCACUGCAGGCCUGCUUAAACAGACCCAGUGAUCAGAAGAAAAGCCACAUGCUGGAAGUCGAGAAAGACGGAUGAAGCGCUCAGAAACAAAUUAUAAGUAGCAGGGUACCAUCUCACAUCAGUCAUUAUUGAUAUCACAAAGCACAACUUUUUCAUCUGAAACAUUGUCAUCCCUUCCAACACUGCAGCGCUUCACACAAAUUGUUCUACUCUGCAAGUCAUAAAAUAGUUUAAUGUGAAGAAAAUCGACGUUUUAAGCGUGAAUUAUUUCAAAAUCUGAAUUUUAGCAUCUAGGCUGUCAUCAUUCAAGCACACUACGUCUUCAUUUUCAACACUGAGUGCAUUUACGUACACAGAGCCUUGUUAUUAACUGGAUGCAGAUAUUGGGAUAUUUGGUCUCUCAGCAGCUACAUCUUUAUAUACACCUUUUAGAUAUUCAUUUAGCAUAUCCUGGGCUCUCUAUAGUGGCAUUUCCUUUCAUAUUUCUGAUCAUUUAACAAGAGUAAAUGGGAUUUGUGGCACAAAUACUAUCUCAAAUUCAUAUUAAAUGUGCAUGUAUUUGCACUCACUGCUGCUCCCCAGAGUCAGAAUAACUCAUUUUGGUUCUCUACUUAUAUGUAGAACGGUAGAACAGAAAAAGAAAGGAGAACCUCAAACCUUUUGGUCAAUCCCAGAAUAAGCACAUCACUUCCCCCAAAAAAAAAUAACAAAUAGUGUUCACUUUCCCCCCCUCUUGUAUUCCUCUCACUUUUGUUGAGGGGGCAGGGGCUUUAUCUUUUGUAUGUGUACAUAAAGCAAUUUAAAAUCUAUAGUUUUGUACAUGUAAUUUUUAUGGUGUGUGGAUAUUUUCUAAUAAAACAAAAGAAAAUUAAAUGGGUGAUUCUU